GAAGGGGAGAUGUGUUUGCCCAAGACAGCAAUUCAAGGUACUAACAGCAGGACCUUUGAGCUUGUUGAUCAACUUGUUUGACCUCUUCUUGUAAAUGGGUUGCAAUGGACAGCCAAGGAGGAGCCCCUGGCCAGCAGGCACAUGCAACCACAGAGCAGUCACAAAGUCAGCAGGUCACAGGGUCACAGUGUCACAUUUUCUCAGAAUUACUGGCUGAUGAGAACUAUGGAAGAUGAGAGAAUUACCAUGAUUCAGAGUGAAACCCAUUAUAAUAAGCACAAAACUGUCUGCAAACCACAGCCCCCACCUCUCCAACAGCUCUGUGAAUGGGACUGGGGGCCUGCCAGGGCUGCUCUGUCCUGGGGCUCAGUGGCGUGACUGCAGGUGGAAGUCCCCGCUCCAGCCCCAGCAGGAGUGGCAGUCUAGAAGGCAGAGAGAAGACCUCAGGAUCCUCCAGGACAACGGGUCCCCUCCAAGCAAUGUGCACAGCCUGUUGGGUGAGGAAGGUCAACGGGCAUUGCCCAGGGAGACAUCAGGCACUGGAAAGUAAAUCAAAGGAAAAACCCAAAGCCAUUCCAUUGCCGGAGGAACUGCUGCAGGGCCGCAUGGCAGAUGAGUAUUUCACCUCGCUGCAGGGCUAUUGCAGGCUCCUUAGUCAACAGGGGGUGGUACGAGCCACACCAGUGGUGACAGAGGAAGCUCAACUCCGGGUAAAUGCAUUGAGGAGGGGCGGGGGUGCUUCCUCCACCAGCGUUGCUGCCAUCACAGCCACUGGCAAAUGGUCCUCGCAGGACACCUCACUGGUUGAGUGCCAGGGGCACUGCUAGGAGGGCUCAUUGUGCCUGCACAUCGCACCGCAGCCGGAACGUUCACUCUCCAAGGACAGCGAGCGAGCAGGAGCUGUGCCUCUUAAUAUCCCCAAAAUGAACCUCAGCAGCUGCAGUAUCACAGCCUAUGAAAGCUUUCUACUUGUCCAGCUGUGUGUUUACAUCCCGGUUUUGCUUUUGGGCAUUUUGCUGAACGUGUUGGCGCUGUGGGUGUUCUGCUGCAAACUCAGCAAAUGGACAGAAACCAGGGUAUACAUGGUCAACUUGGCUGUGGCUGACUGCUUGCUGCUCUUUACUUUGCCUUUUAAAACUUUAUCCCAGUUCCAUCAGCUGAAGGUAGGUAGAUGGUGCCUGGCUCUGGAAGGUGGCUAUUUCAUAAACCGCUUAAUGAGCAUCGGUAUCAUCACUGUUGUAGCAGUUGAUAGGUACCUUGCAAUCAAGCACCCUUUGAAAGCCAAGGUGCUGCGGUCACCGCAGAAGGCAGCUUUUGCCUCUGGAUUUCUUUGGAUAGUCAUUAUCUGUGUGAUGUCCCUCAUUAAAAAGUUAGAGGACCGAGGACAAGAUGAACUUUGCUUUGAAAAAUCUUCCCUUAAGCCCUCAGUGAUCACACUGUGUGCUAUUAUUGUCGGGUUUUUCAUACCAUUGAUCAUCUUGAGUUAUUGCUCCAUACAAGUCAUUGCAGAGCUCACAAGAAAGAAGAAUGAAAACUGUCACAAGGAAAAGUUAAUCAGGAAGGCUGUCUACAUCGUGUCUGCAAACAUGACUGUGUUCAUCAUAUGCUUUUUACCUCUUCACGUCGGGCAUCUCCUUCGCUUUAUAAUGGACUCCAUCAGCUCCAACUGCUCUGCAAUACAGAGGGUUAAUAAUUUUGUUCACCUCGCCUCAGUCCUCGCAAACACAAACUGCUGCCUGGAUGCUAUUUGUUACUACUUUGUCAACGAGGAAUUUAAGGAAGCAUCUCCCAAGCUAGCAAAGUCCAAAUCCGAAGCCAGUGAAGAAGCUGAAAUUCAGCUCCCACACAUAACACAUUAGUGCAAAACAAAACACAUGCAGCACACAUUUUAUGCUUGCUACAUUCAAGUUCAACUGGGACUCAAUAGCAGGCUUGCACACUUUCUUUUUCUGUGAGUGGGAUGGAGGGACUUUCUGCUAAUGGGAAGGAUUCAGACACGUGAAUAUUAGCCCCGAUUCAGACAACCACAGCAGUCCAGAUCCUGAUGUAAUGACCUAGGUUGCCACUGAUAAUUCUCUGCCAUAUGCAAAUUUGAGUAAAAUGAUAGCUCUCCCCUGCAAAAACUGUCUUUCAUUUUCCCAGAAAAUGCAAAACAAGUACAGCCAGUGGUAAAGGGUUUGGGGUUUUUUUUGUCCCUUGCCCCCACCUUGGAUCAGUUUUUAUGCAGCUGUAGCUGUGACAAAGAAACGGAGGUUAUUCCGAACAUCAAAAAAGAAAAAAAGUCAAAGUGAAACCACUGCAGAAAAAGAAAGAAGGAUGUUUUUGUAAGUCACAAACAUCUUGUUUUCAGUUGGUAAUGCACGAUCACAGUAGCAGAGGCAGAUUUAGCCUGCUUUAGACAACUUUACAGCACUAUUCGUACUACACAACAGCUGCAAAAUGGUUAUCAGUUGCAAUACAAGGUCAGAGGAAAUUGCAAUUACUUAUACUGGGGAAAAAAUUUACCUCAAAAGUGUUUGAGUCAAAUGGCAUUAAAACUACUAUCCAAAGAGUUGGGGUGGGGCAGUGGGAAUAAGGGGUCUGUAUUAAGGGUCUAUUCAACCUUAUAAUGUAAAGGACUGUCUAAAGAAAGUGGCAGCAAGCUGUUCCAAAGAAACUAACAUAAAUAAAGUCAC